AUGGCGGGAAUCGUUGUUAAAUUUGUUUUCAUUGCGGCGUUUAUGAUUCCAAUUCAAGCAGACUUAGGUCCAUUUUUGAAUGAAUUACAAGUACGGAAAGACCUACAGUUCAUACUUAUAGACUUGUUGAAUGGCUUGGUCAGGAAAGAUGGCGUAACAUGCCUGGUUAUUAUAUCUGACGCGGUGUAUUUAAACGUAUUCGAAGGAACUUAUUUUAAACGAACCUUUGCUGUUCCAAUUGUUAUGAUCGUUGUUGAGGAAUACGAAGAUUUACUAUCUCCUAAUUACGAUACUUUAGAAGCUUUACGGCAGGCGAGGAGAGAUGGGUGCAAUAUGUAUACUAUUAUUAUGGCUAAUGGUUUUCAAGUGACGGGACUUUUAAGAUUUGGAGAUAGGCACAGAAUACUAGAUACGAGAGCCAAAUAUAUAAUUCUUCAUGAUGUAAGACUAUUUCACAGCAGCUUACAUUACAUAUGGAAACGAAUCGUGAAUGUCGUGUUUCUGAAAUAUCAUAAAAGAGUUAUCGGUAAAGCUAAAAAUAAGGCCUGGUUCGACCUUUCGACAGUUCCUUUCCCAAAUCCCAUCAAAGGCAUAUUUAUAUCAAGACGAGUUGAUACAUGGAGUGGACAGUUCCAUUAUAGUAGAGAUCUCUUCGCGGACAAAACUGGAAAUCUUAACGGUGAAGUUUUAAAUGUUGUUUAUUUUAAUCAUCUACCAUCAGUCGUGGUGAUGAAGUUGAAUGGUACGAACAAGGUGGGCGGUGUUGAAAUUGAAAUUCUUAACACACUCGCCAAGAAAAUGAACUUUGUGCACAAUUUGUAUGAACCAAUGGAUUCUUAUAUUCAUAAAUGGGGUCAGAAGAACAGUAACGGCUCGUAUUCCGGUCUUCUCGGCGAAGUUGUGAGCGGCCAAGCUGAUUUAGCUCUCGGAAAUUUACAAUACACACCAUAUCAUUUGGAAUUAUUAGACUUGAGCAACCCUUACACGUCUCAGUGUUGGACUUUCUUAACCCCAGAGGCUUUGUCGGACAACUCUUGGAAAACGCUAAUUCUACCAUUUAAUCUGUAUAUGUGGAUCGCUGUUUUAUUAGUUUUGUUAGUAACUGGAUCUAUAUUUUACGGCCUAGCCAAUUAUUACAUAAAUCUUUUGAAUUACAAACCAUUGAAUAACAAAAAUAAGGCAAAUGAAAAAAAUUAUAACUAUGCAAAACCCGUCGGGCUGUAUUUGUUCGGCGAAAUAACAAACAGCAUUCUCUAUACGUAUGGAAUGUUACUCGUCGUAUCUCUACCUAAGUUGCCAACUGGUUGGUCAAUCCGCCUUUUAACUGGAUGGUAUUGGCUAUAUUGCAUUCUAUUAGUCGUAUCGUAUAGAGCGAGUAUGACCGCUAUUCUAGCCAAUCCUGCACCACGGGUUACCAUUGAUACAUUGAAAGAAUUAGUCAAUAGCAAAAUAGCAUGCGGUGGCUGGGGGCUCCAAACAAAACGAUUCUUCGAAGGAUCGCUAGACGAAAUGGGACAAAAAAUCUCCGAAAGAUUCGAAAACGUUGAGAAUCCCGACAAAGCCGCCGAGAAAAUAGCGAAAGGCGUUUUCGCUUACUACGACAGCUCAGAUUACCUCAAAUAUUUGAGCGUAAAAAGAAAAAUCAGUAUGAAUAACUCAAUGUCCAUUGACGUUACACAGGAUAACGAUAAAGGAGACAGGAACCUGCAUAUAAUGUCAGAUUGUGUCGUAAACAUACCGAUAUCCAUCGGCUUUCAUAAAAACUCACCGUUGAAACCAUUAGCCGAUGUUUAUAUCCAAAGAAUCAUAGAAGUCGGUCUCGUGGAGAAAUGGCUCAGUGACGUCAUGUAUAAAAUAAGGUCAAUGGACGCGAAGGAAGAGGAAAUCAAAGCAUUGAUAAAUUUGAAAAAAUUAUACUGUGCAUUUUUAGCACUUGCUAUUGGUUACACAUUGAGCUUUUUAUGUCUACUCAGUGAAUUUGUCCACUGGAACUUCAUUGUCAAGAAGGAUCCGAGUUUUGAUAAAUAUGCCAUAGACAUUUAUUACAUGAACAAAAAAAAACAAGCUGUAGAACUGUAG